AUGAUACUGUAUCACAAAAAAUUUAAACGAGUUUUUCUCGUGGUUAGUGUAAUCGCCUGUCUUGUUUUUUUACGAUAUCGAAAUGACUUUCGUGGUAUCUUGAGCGUUUUGGAAGCUUCUGUAUUCAAGAACCCUUUUGCAGACCAUCAAACAAAAUAUUUUGAUAUUGCAAGUCUUCCUAGCUCAGAGCGCAGUCAAUGGCUUCCUGACGGCCGUGUGAACGCUGCUUUUGUCAGUCUUGCUCGUAAUAAUGACCUGAGAGAUAUGGUCCAAUCUGUCCAGCGUUUGGAGCGCCGAUUUAAUCAUAAAUAUCAUUAUCCUUGGGUAUUUUUGAACGAUGAAGAGUUUAAUGAAGAAUUUAAAAGUCGGAUCAAUGAAACGGCUUCUGGCCCUGUUGAGUUUGGCGUCAUUCCCAAAGAACAUUGGCAGAUGCCUGAAACGGUAGACCGGGACAAAAUGCAUGAUAAUUGGGAGAAAUUAAAAAACCAAAACAUACUUUAUGCCGAUUCCGAAUCGUAUCGUCAUAUGUGUCGCUUUGAAUCUGGCUUCUUUUACCGCCAUCCCCUUGUUAAAAAAUAUGAAUAUUACUGGCGUGUUGAACCCAGCGUUGACUUUUGGUGUGAUUUGGAUUUUGAUCCUUUUGCUUAUAUGAAGCAAAACGAUAAAGUUUAUGGCUUUACCAUCACAGUCUCCGAAUACACCGAGACUAUUGCAACCUUGUGGGAAAACACCCGUAAUUUCCUAAAGCUCCAUCCCGAUACUCUCCAUCCUAAUAAUUCUCUCAACUUUAUUUCUGAUGAUAAGGGCCGAACCUAUAAUAAUUGUCAUUUUUGGUCCAAUUUUGAGAUUGCCAAAGUUGAUUUCUGGGAAAGCGACGCUUACGCAAAAUACUUUGACCACUUGGAUAGUUCCAACGGAUUUUUCUAUGAACGUUGGGGUGACGCGCCUGUUCACAGUAUUGCUGCUGCUCUUUUUACAGAUCGCGAAUCAAUUCAUUUUUUCAAUGAAAUUGGAUAUUGGCAUCCCAGCAGCGGCCAUUGUCCUCUUGAUGAACCAACUUUAGCAAAAUGUGAAUGUAGCCCUUAUGAUUCGAUUGAUCAUAACGGCUGGAGCUGCUUAAACAAAUACUAUGAUGCUUUUGAUAUACCUUAUCCUGCCAACUGGCACUUGUACAAAGGUGUAUAA